UCUUCCAUGGAGGGUCUUCAGUCCUAAACCAAUCCGCUUGAAAGUAGGGGCGAGGAUAUUUGUCGCCGAUGACGUCCACACACUCCCAGUUAGAUCCUUGGAUCCUUGGCAUGGCGUAGGGAAAACGGAGUACUUUUUAUGCUGUUAGAGAGCAGGCUUGUGCAUUUCCAUCCAGGAAAUAAUCAGUUCCGUCGUUUAAUAUUCAUAUACUGUUCUAGGCUUUGCAGUGGCUACGUCUACAAUUUCAAGAUGAUGUCCGAUGCUAGUGACAUGUUGGCUGCGGCUUUGGAGCAGAUGGAUGGAAUCAUAGCAGGCUCCAAGGCUUUAGAGUACUCAAAUGGCAUCUUCGACUGCCAGUCCCCUACCUCGCCCUUCAUGGGCAGCCUGCGAGUACUACACCUGGUUGAAGACCUUCGUGGCUUGUUGGAACUUAUGGAAGUAGAAGAAAAAGAAGGAUUACGCUGUCAAAUCCCAGACUCCACUGCACAGACUGUGGUUGAAUGGCUCCAGGGUCACGUGACCAAUGGACACAUCUCUGUGAGCGGUGAUGUUUACCAGGAAAGACUGACUCGCCUGGAGAGUGAUAAAGAAUCCCUAGUUCUGCAAGUGAGUGUGUUAACAGAUCAAGUGGAAGCACAAGGAGAGAAGAUCCGAGAUCUUGACUUUUGCUUGGAGGAGCAUAGAGAGAAACUAAAUGCUACUGAGGAAAUGCUGCAACAGGAACUUUUGAGCAGAUCUGCCCUGGAGACUCAGAAAUUGGAUCUCAUGGCUGAGAUUUCCAACCUAAAACUAAAGCUGACUGCUAUGGAGAAAGACCGUCUGGAUUUUGAUGAGAGGUUCAGGGACAGUGAGUCACUGCAUAACUUAAUCUAUGAGCUCCGAGACCAGAUGGAAACACUGGAGGUGGAACUAGUACUUUUCCAGGAAAAGAGGUCACAGUAUGGGGAUCAAGAGGGGUUGAUCCAAGAGAUAAACGAGCUGAGGUUCACGAUAACAGACAUGGAAAAUGAAAGGCUCCAGUAUGAAAAGAAACUGAAAUCGACAAAGGAUGAGUUGGUGAUGUUGAAGGACAAACUAGAGCAGAAAGAUGGGGAGGUGAAGAGACUGUGGGAUGAGAGCCUCUACAAGAUCACAAGUGAAACCGGAGGUUCAGAAAAAGUUGAAAAAGACUUGGAGGUGCAGAAGAUGAAAAGGGCAGUUGAAUCUUUGAUGGCAGCAAAUGAGGAGAAAGACCGUAAAAUUGAGGAACUUAGGCAGUCGCUGACCAGGUACAAAAAAGUUCAAGACAUGGUCAUGUCAGCUCAGGUUAAAAAAGAUAAACUUAAAGAAGGCAGCAGUGAGGAGAGUCAGAGUGAUAGCUCGGUUUCUGUGUCGACUGCUAUUUCAGUCUCAAUUGAAUCUGAGAAACCUCCCUCGCCUGUCGCAACAAAUGAAGAAGAGAUAGUAAAAACUCCUGAUGAUGAGGUACCUGUUGAAAUGCACAAAAGUGUUCUCCAAGUUUCAAUCCCAGCGUUGGCAUCCUCACGAAAGAACAGCAGUGAGCAGGCCCAGAGCCAGGAGCAGGAGGAUUGGGGCCUGUCAGAAAUGAGUGGGAUGGUGACACCAGAUAUGUCUUCAAUACAAGAAACAAGUUUGUGUGAUAGUCCUGUAACAAGUAGUAUGGACAAUUUAAAAAGCAGUGACACAGAUAAGAACCCUGGUGUAGUGCCGGUUCAUCAGAAGCCAACAGAGAUGGCUGAAAACUUUUUUCUCCUCAUUAAGAACAAAGCAUAUGAAGAGAUCAGCAAGUUUAGUGCUCUUCCUCUUAAGCCUCCUGGUCAGUCUGGCUCAGUCGACGAUGAAAGCUUCGGUUCUCGGAAAGCGAGGGCCUCGUUUGGUCGCGGCUUCUUCAAGAUCAAGGGAAGCAAGAGGACAGCAAGUGCACCCAAUCUAGAUCGCAGUCGAAGUGCAAGUGCACCUACAUUAGCGGAGACAGAAAAAGAAGGCUCUGAACACAUAGAUCUGGCAAGAAUGCCUCAUAGGUCUGCAGAGGCUGACGGCUCCCAAACAUCACCUUCUUCCCCAGACUCCAAGAAAAAGGCCAGAGGAAUCAAGAAAUUGUUUGGAAAGCUUAAAAGAAGCCAGUCAACAACAUUUAACCCUGAUGAUAUGUCUGACACAGAAUUUAAAAGAGGUGGCGUGAGAGCAACUGCAGGCCCCAGGCUGGGCUGGUCUCAGGACCUACAGAAUGCUAACAGCGAAUUAGAUAUGCCGUUUGCAAAGUGGACAAAGGAGCAAGUGUGUAACUGGCUACAGGAACAGGGCCUGGGUUUAAAUGUGAAUUUUGCCAAACGGUGGAUCAUGUCAGGACAGACUCUACUGCAGGCUUCACAGCAGGACCUUGAGAGGGAGCUUGGAAUUAAACAGCCUCUUCACAGGAAGAAGCUGCAGUUGGCCUUGCAAGCCCUUGGCUCAGAGGAAGAUGACCGCAAAGGAAGACUUGACUUCAACUGGGUCACGAGGUGGUUGGAUGAUAUUGGACUACCCCAGUACAAGACUCAGUUUGAUGAAGGAAGAGUAGAUGGGAGAAUGCUUCAUUACAUGACUGUUGAUGAUUUGCUGUCCCUGAAAGUUGGAAGUGUUCUACAUCACCUUAGUAUCAAGAGAGCCAUUCAGGUCCUGCGCAUCAAUAACUUUGAGCCUAACUGUUUACGCAGACGGCCCUCCGAUGAGAACAACAUAACACCAGCAGAGAUUGCCCAGUGGACAAAUCACCGUGUUAUGGAAUGGCUGAGAUCUGUGGACCUGGCAGAGUACGCUCCCAAUUUGAGAGGGAGUGGUGUACAUGGAGGCUUAAUGGUGUUGGAACCUCGGUUUAAUGUGGAAACAAUGGCCCUUCUGUUGAACAUUCCUCCAAACAAAACUCUCCUGAGACGACACUUGGCGACCCACUUCAAUUUACUGAUUGGUCAAGAGGCUCAGCAACAGAAGCAGGAAUCUGUGGAGUCUCCUGACUACACCCUUCUCACUGCCACUGCCAAAGUGAAGCCAAGAAAGCUUGCUUUUGGAACUUUUGGGAGUUUGCGGAAGAAGAAACAGGAAGAAAGUGAGGAGUAUGUGUGCCCAAUGGAUGUGGCAAUGCCCACAGGAAGUAGUUUUCAGAAUGCAUAUAAGCGUGGAAUGGAAAUCAGACUGUAUGAUGACGACCUUGAUCGCUUGGAGCAGAUGGAAGACUCCGAAGGAACUGUCAGACAAAUUGGAGCUUUUUCUGAGGGCAUCAACAACUUGACAAGCAUGUUAAAAGAUGAAGAAUUCUUCAAAGAACUGUCCACCUGUUCUCCCAGUGCCAGCGUAACAGAUGAAGACUCAAAUGUGUGACAAAGAAAGUGAUUCUCAUUUAGAACGGAUGGGCUGUGAAC